CAUCCAGUCCAAUGCUAUUCUGCCAUGCAAAAGCAAUAUAACACUCUUGCAGGCUUCAUCAUUACUGGAUCCGUCCUUCAGGACUUUGGCAAACGUUGGAUGUGCAAUGUUGCUAUUUCAUCCAAGGCAGAAAUUCAACUCAUUCUUGGAUGGACAAACAGAACCACAACUGCUAACGUUCCCUUAAGGCAGUGUUUCUCAACCUGUGGAUCUCCAGGUGUUUUUACCUACAAGUCCCAGAAAUCCCAGCCACUUUACCAGCUGUUAGGAUUUCUGGGAGUUGAAGGCCAAAACAUCUGGGGACCCACAAGUCGAGAACCACUGCCUCAAGGGAGAAACUGUGGCAUUACCUCCGAAGUUAAAAAAUUGGAAAAACCAAACUCUUCCUUGAAAAGCUGUGAUUGUCUAGACAUGUGGGGGUUAAAUCUAGGGCAAAGGAGGGUAAAAAUAGAUGGGAGGGUCCAAUGUGAAAGGUUUGGAACCCCUCCCCUUAUAUAUAAAACAAAGACUCCGCCUCCAAUAUGUGGCAUUCAGUGUGUGUCCACACCAGGGUAGAAUUGGCACCAUGCUCUCCAGAUCAGCCAUGCACGUGCCACAUUAUGCCCCUUCCAUGUUCAGGGAGUUUGACAGAUGGAAGGGCUAUCUGAGCCUUGCGAAAGUGGUUACGGAGAUCAUCGCGGAACGCAAGAAGGUCCCAUUUCCAUCUCAGAGUUGGGACACAAUGGAGUACGACAUGCAGCUAGUCCUCAACGAGGACAACUUUGAAACAGCAUCACAAUGGGUUAAUGGAAGCAGUUCCAGCAGCAAGAGCUCCAAAGGUAGUGCCAAUGGCCAGGCUUCCCAAAACAAGGAGAUUUGCAAUUUCUGCAAACACAACGGGGAAUCCAAGCAGGUCUAUUCGUCCCACCGGCUGAAGGGGAUGGACGGCACCGUGGAGUGCCCCAUCUUGCGCAAAUACACCUGUCCGCUCUGCGGUGCCACGGGCGAAAAGGCCCAUACUUUAAAAUACUGCCCACUGAGCCAAGGGAAGAGGUCGCUGUAUCGCAAGUGCGGACGUAACUCGGCUGGACGCAAGGUUUGGAGAAUGGAAGCCCAAUUCUCUUAGACUACAUUUAUGUGUCAGUUGCCUAGUGUGAUGAUUCAUGGGCCCUGCAGUCCUAUUCCUGACAGUAUUGUGGCAGAUGAGGAGGAAAAUAUGGAGUUUUCCCCAGAUUUCCGGUCGGAGUCAGAGCCUUGGCAGCUGCCUGAAGUUCUAGUCCAAGAACCAAUUUAACCUGACCUUGGUGGGAACUCUCCCCCUUAUGGGAGAAAACAGGCUUACACGACUGAUAGAGGAUCGAGAGAAAAAUUUAGAAGUAGUGCUCGCCUUGCUGCCAAAUAUGCCACUGAUUAGAAGUAUUUCCCCUGAGAAAAUACGGGGAGUCUUGCACCUGCAAGCUGGUUUCCUUCGCUCCCUGUUCUCUAGGGAAAGUGAUUGUUGUUUGGGGAAACGAGACCCAAUAUAGGGAAAUUGCGCGAAGGAUUCCUUGCGGAGUCAAUUCGUCAGCUCCUGGAGAGAGGUCAUGUGUGUGUGGACUUCGAAUCCUGUUCCUUGCCUCCUGAAUCUAGUUCCAAGCCUUGUCCUCGUCUCACGGAUUUACCACAGAUCUUGUUCCAUGCUUCAAGUUGCUUUGCCUUUAGCCACAGAUCCAGCCACGUUCCAAGUAACUUUCAGCCUUGUGUCAAGCUUCAUUGGAUUCAAGACUUUUUCUGUUUUCCCAACGCUUUGCUUGGCAAACCGUGUGUUGCGGUUAUUGGAUUAUAAUCUUUGGACUCUAAUAUUUCAUAUUGGACAAUAAUCUGCUGGACUAUAUUUGGCCUCAUUUGAAAGGUCUGCUUCUGAACUUUAUUCUACACUUGUUUUUAUUGACUUUAUAUAUUCCUUUAAUAAAAAUAUUAGAUAGAAUCUGG